AUGAGCCUCCUGCCUUCGGGAAACACGAGUUUCAACCCCACGACCUUCCUCCUGACGGGCUUCCCGGGCCUGGAAUACGCCCACCGCUGGAUUUCCCUCCCCUUCUGCUUCGUCUACGCGACAGUCUUGCUCGGGAAUGGCACGAUCCUCCACGUCAUCAGGAUGGAUGCGAGCCUGCACGCGCCCAUGUACUAUUUCCUCGCCAUGCUGGCCCUGACGGACCUGGGCUUGUGCCUCAGCACCCUGCCGACCGUGCUGGGCAUAUAUUGGUUCGAUUCCCGCGAGAUCCACUCCGACGCUUGCUUCGCCCAGCUGUUUUUCAUCCACUCCCUCUCCCUGGUGGAAUCCUCCGUGCUCCUCUCCAUGGCUUUUGACCGCUUCGUGGCCAUCUGCCACCCGCUGAGGUACGGCUCCAUCCUGACCACGCAGAGGAUCUUGAGGAUGGCGCUGGCCUCCAUCUCCCGGAGCUUUGUGCUGAUCUUCCCCCUGCCUUUCCUCCUCCGCCGGUUCCGCUACUGCAGGACAAACGUCCUCUCCCACGCCUACUGCUUGCACCUCGAGAUCAUGAAACUGGCCUGUUCGGAUAUCGUCGUCAACCACAUUUACGGGCUCACGGUUGUCGCCUUCACGGUGGGAACAGACUCUCUCCUCAUCCUCGUCUCUUACGUUUUCAUCCUGAAGACGGUUCUGGGUAUCGCCUCCAAGGAGGGGCGCCUGAAGGCCUUCAACACCUGCAUCUCCCACAUCUGUGCCGUUCUCUUGUUCUACAUCCCCAUGAUAGGCCUGUCUCUGAUCCACCGCUUUGGGGAACGGGCCCCUCACAUGGUCCACAUACUCAUGUCCUACGUCUACUUGCUGGCACCGCCUCUGAUGAACCCCAUUGUGUACAGCAUCAAGACGAAGCAGAUCCGGCAACGCAUACACAAGAGGCUGUGCCCCAAGAAGACAUUCCAGUUGUAG